CUUUUGAAUCCUUUUCCUCCCUUCCAUCUUUCAUGUUCUGAGAAAAAUCGCUUUCUGAGUGUGAUCAUUAUGAUGUUGGCUUGAUUUCGGCGUUUUGAGCCUCAUUCGCUGUCCUGCGAACACAGCAUAUACGCGGGAAGACGCCGAACGCUACAUCACCGAUAGCACGUCGACGACAACCGUCGAGUGGCCGCAGCCUCUACUUAAGAAGUCGACAACAAGAUAACAACGAUGUCGGCCGUAACGCUGGACUCGAACGUCUGGUACGCCAUCUCGGAGGGGCGCGUUGCGAACGUUUCAACACCACUCAACAACAACCUCCAAGAUACCAACAAUGGCCUCAGGGUCUUCGGCAAGACAGACGCGGUGUGGCAGUUCCAACCAGUGCCAAACCACGAUGGCCGGUAUCUUAUGAGACUAAGCUCGGCCGGCGUGAGUCAACAGCUUUCCGUGUGCUGGAGUUCGGCGGAGGUUCAUCCUAGUGGCACAAGAGGGUGCUUGAGAAAAACGGAAUCGGACGAGACUCAGCAAUGGGACGUCACUGAGUGGGCGAGUGAACCGGGUACCUACAAGUUCACCAACGUUGCAAACGGCACAGGCUACGUGCUCGAUGUUCACCCCGGAUCCAACCUCUUCAUGUCGAGCGAGAUCGAGGGCUCCGACGGUGUUUCGGCUCGUCAACCUGCUCAGCACUGGAUCAUGACAAGUUCAAAAGCUGUCAACGAUGGUGCAUACUCUACCAUCUACUCAGCGGGCUCUACACCCGUUAGCACCGGCUCGGCAACAGCCACAGCGACCGGAUCAGGAUCGGGCGCCAUCACUCCUACAGCAACCAGUGGAUCUGCUACCGCGAGCUCCACCGCGGGAGCAGGAUCGUCUUCAGGAGGGCUAUCAUCAGGCGCCGCCGCCGGCAUCGGUGUGGGCGUCUCCCUCGGAGCCAUCGCGCUACUUGGCGCCGGGUUUUUCUUCUGGUGGCGUCGGAGAAAGGCCAAAAAGGAGGCAAUCGUCGAGCCGAGCGAACAUCACCACGAGCUUGGCCAUGAUGGCAGCACAGUUGGUGGUAAGCACAGCCCGGGUACCAUCAACGCCUCAACACUUUCUUCGCCGUCGCCAGCCAACGACUACUACGGCGGACAAGAGUCAAAGGUUCUUGGUCACACACAGCCACAUUCUUAUGCUGCCGAAGCCAACACGAACCCAAUUUACGAAGCCCCUACCGAGGCCCGGUAUGAGUUGGAUUCGGGACAUCACGCAUCACCCAACGGUCCAGCCCAACUUCCAGACGACCAUGGAAGAAGAUGAAAACAGAACGAUAGAAUGAACCGGCAAUACGAGGCUACGGGAGUGACGGGGACUUGGGCAUAGGAGUAUUCUCUUCCUUUUAUAUACCAUUCAAUGCCAGCCGGUCAAGAAAGCUAGACGGCCUAUGUGAAUAUUUAGGGCCAGGCGUUCGGAUUCGCUGGACAUGCAGAUAAUGAAUUUGAGUUGAGUAUGACUCAGUUUACAUAUGCUCUUUCUUCUUAUCGAUGGAGAACCUCGUAAUAUUUUAGUUAGUUGGUAUUGUAUGUCGUCGCUACAAGAUCGUGAUUUGUAGUCGGGCGUUGGUGUAAUCAUUCGCAAGGGAGACCAUUCUCGAACGCGAUGGCUAUCCUUCAUGGGCUCUAACGUUAUCUGUUCAGGACUUUGAAAUGAACUGGUGCUUGCAACAGAAAAGACUAGUGUUGAUGAUGAUGAUGAUGAUGUAUUUAACGUCUGGUAACAAAAGUACGUGCCGGGCGCUAUGCCGAC